CAAAUCGGCACCAUCCAUCACUAUCAAAGCAUAACAACAGCUGACGUAAAUAUGUUUAGUUUUUCACUUGACAAAAUUUCGCAUAUGUCGUCGAAAUCGUCGAAAUUGAAAUCAGUUCAAAAUUCAUCUGCCUGAGAUGCCAAAUUUUGACUAGCUCUAAAAAUGAAGGAGGAAGAACCACUUCCCUCCUUCCUUUGCUUUCUGAAGGCAACAUUCCAGGCCCUUCCCCCCACAAACCGCAAAUCCCCGCCGCCACGGAACCGUCGUUCGUCGUCAUUAUUAAUUCCUGACUGCUCCCCUCAUCACUGUCUACUUUGUGGCGAAAUAAUACAAACGCUAAGUAAUCCUGCCCAGAAAGCACGUGGUAGAAGAAAGAAGACAAACGUUAAAACAAAAGGAAGCACCUCUUCCUUCACAGAUAAUGACACCGCGUUGUCCAUGUUGCGUUUCAUUUCCGUCGACUGCCUUGGAUUUGACGUGACGAUGGAACAAAUGGAAGCAGAUUUAGCGGAAGUGUCCACCUCAGGGAAUCCUGUGACCACUCAAAUUGAAUUGUUUUUAUGCGAGGGGCACAUCAAAUUUGUGGCUGAAGGGUUAAAACUGGAGAAGCUUGUCCAGGAAACGAUUAGUAAAUUGGAAAUUAUCAAGAAAACUGUGAAAGAAGGGAUGAUUCGGAACUAUCCGUCCAGUUUCAAUGCAACUGAAUUAUGCAAAUUGGAAUAUGGAUAUGACGUGAAGGUAAAGACUGAAGAGGAUGAGCAACCAAUAAUUCCAUUAGAAGAAGAAGAAUCGGAGAUAACAAUAGACCGCAGCAUAGUGGACGAUGUGGACUUUGAUUUCUGUGAAAUUGAUCCUUUCUCAGAUAUUUCACGUCCGCAAUCAUUUUUCGGUGAACAAAAUGAUGCUUACCAGAAGGACAUUGAUCCAGUUGGAAAUCAAAUUGUCAGUUUUAAAGAUUCGCCGACAGGAAGGAUUACGCGUUCUAGGAAAAUUAAUAAUGAAAUAAAUUCAACUAGUGAAGAGGGUGUAUUGCAACCAAAACUUGAAGAAAUUGAAGAUGAUGCCCAGUUCAUUUUUAUUGAUUCCCCAUCUCCAAAUCCUUCUGGAGAUUCAUAUGCUGAAGAUUGGGAUGAACUACCUCCUAUUAAAAAGAGGAAACGAAUUGCUCAAAAAAGCACAAGGAAUAGAUCAAGGAAAACUAAAAUGAAUGUGACAGAAGUUCGAAGGAUGAGAAAUUGGAAACGAAAAAUAAAAUGCGAGAUUUGUAAGCAAGAAUUUGCAACAGCUAAAGAACGCAAGGCUCAUCGAUCGACUGUUCAUGCCGACAUCCCACCGCCGAUCCCUGAUAUCUUCCCAUGUCCCCUCUGCGAAAAAGUGUAUAAAAAUAAAUAUGAACUUGCAAAUCAUACGCAACGAGUUCAUAGUACGAAUGAACCAACUUUCACCUGUAACGAAUGCCCAGCUGUAUAUAUGAUUUAUGCAGAUUUGCGACAUCACAAAUUACGACGACACACCGCAAAUGCCAAAAAAAUAAUUACCUGUCCGUACUGCACCACUGGGAAACGGUACAAGGGAGAAAUCAACCUCAGCGCCCACAUUAGAGUUCAACACAAGGAAGGCAACGCCCUGCCCAAAAAACAUUUAGUGUGUGAAUUUUGUGGUAAAGUUUAUAGCAAUGCAACAGACUUUAAAAAACAUAAGCUGAAAGUCCAUUUGAAUGCCUAUGCUGCCAGUAUUUGUGACGUUUGUGGAAAAAAAUUGUCGGAUCCGAGUAGCUUAAAAAAGCACAAACUAUCUCAGCACCAAAAGUCAUUCCAGUACAAGUGUGAAUUAUGUGGGAGUGGCAGUUUGUUCAAAAGUCAUCUCAUUGCUCACUACAAACAAACACAUCCUCAUCUCACCGAGGAUGAAUUGGACGGUUUUAUUAAGAAUUGUACAAAAGUUAUUGAUAACACGAAUCCCAUUUAUAGACAGGACGAGGUAUCAAUAUCAUCCUGUAUGGAAAUUAGUGCUAGUUCUUCCUCUAAUAUAUUAAGUAUUACAGAAUCCACCUUAAAAUCUGUAAAUGAAGAUGGACAUCAAAGUCAUCAGCAGCAAUCCAAUGAAAAUUUUCAUUGUUCACACGUGGAUAGCGAUAAAAGUUCUAAUAAUACUGCUGGGUUUGUAGAAUUAAUUAACUGUAUCCAGUUAUAAUUGUGUUAUGCAUGAAAAUGCAUGAAAUUUUUUGUACCGUUUUGUAUUGAAAUAAACAUGAUAAAAAUUUAGUAAGAAA